UCAUCUCUUCGAUACACAGUGAUACGUGUUCUACAAGACUUGAGACACGUUUGAAACUGGUGUUAUUUUUUUUCUCUGGGAUCAUUUCAUUUUUGUAAUCUCGUAAAAGCAAAGUGUGUCUGUUUCGGUACAUAUUUGUACAAAAGUGGUCAUUCGUUCGUGGUUUGGUUAUCUCAAUUUUUUGUGCAAAAGUAUUUAUACUCGUCUUAAAAGAACAAACGAGAAAAAAGACUACAUACGUAUUUCACAUCUCGGAUUUCACAAGAUAGUUAAUUAAUGUGCAGCAAAAAGAGUUGACGACACUAAAUAAAUAAGUAGAUUGGAUUCCAUCAGUUGAAUUUAAUAAUUUGGAAUAAUUCCUCCCACUCCACAAGGAACGAUGACAAUGAAGGAAAUUUCAUCAAAUGGAACAUCCACGGAACCGCACUUGCUGCAAAUGAACAUGAUCAACUCUCAGCAAGCGAACGGGAAAGAGAUCCACCUUGCCGAGCUGGGAGAUAAGCAGCAGCAGCAGAAUGGCACGACCAAGAUUAAGAUAGCUGAUGACGACAAUGGGGAAGAAUAUGAUCCUUUGGCUCAUCGGAAUGUGGAUCACCCAACCAGCAAUUUUGACACGGCCAUCCAUUUACUGAAGGGGAACAUCGGAACUGGCAUUUUGGCGAUGCCACAGGCUUUCUUAAAUGCUGGACUGAUCGUGGGAAGCGUUGGUCUUGUCUUUAUCGGAAUUAUUUGCGUUCAUACGAUGCAUAUUUUGCUCAAUUGUGCACGAUCUCUCUGUGCCAGAACCAAAACUCCGUUCCUGAACUUUGCGGAAGUUGGCGAAUUGUCGUUUAAGCUGGGUCCACCAUUUUUGCGCCCAUUGUCACACGUGGCAAGGUUCGUAAUUGAUGCAUUCCUCUGUCUCACGCAGAUUGGUUUCUGUUGCGUGUACUAUGUUUUUGUGGCUACAAAUGUCCAACAGCUUGUCAAAGAACAAUUCGGUUAUGAAGCCUCCGUGAAAACCUACCUUGCCAUCUUGUUACUGCCUUUGAUUUUCUUAAAUUGGAUCCGCAACCUUAAACUUCUUUCCCCUGUGAUGUCCGUUGCGAAUUUGUGCAUGUCUGUCGGCCUGGGAAUUAUUUUUUACUACAUCUUCCAAGAUAUUCAACCUAUAACGGAGAGAGACAAUUUCCACGUCAUUUUCUCAUCUUGGCAUCAAGUCCCUCUGUAUUUUGGAACUGCCCUUUACGCAUUUGAGGGGAUUGGAAUGAUUUUGCCACUUGAAAAUAAAAUGAAAACGCCCCAAGAUUUCGGAGGCUGUUUCGGAGUAUUGAACAUCAGCAUGUUUAUCGUCGGACUUCUCUACAUUGCUGUUGGAUUCUUUGGUUAUCUAAAGUACGGAGACGCCGCAGUGGGCAGUGUGACCUUAAACUUACCACAAGGAGAAUGGUUGGCAAUGGGCGUUCGUCUGUCAAUGUCCGUCUCCAUCUUUUUGUCCUACGCUUUACAAUUCUACGUCCCCAUGUCCAUCGCUUGGCCUCAGUUGCAAGCCAGGAUACCCAAGAACGCCCAGACCGCGGCCGAAUACGCUUUCAGGACGUCGUUAGUUAUCCUGACGUUUGCCCUCGCCGUCCUCAUUCCGAACCUUGGUCUCGUCAUAUCUUUCGUGGGAGCGUUCUGCACUUCUGUCCUGGGGCUAAUUCUGCCUCCAAUUUUCAGUCUUUGCACGAACUGGGGGGUCGGUUACGGGUGUGGACGAUGGAUGCUCUGGAAGGAUACGGCCCUCCUUAUUUUUGGACUUGUGGGAUGCAUUGCAGGAACUUAUGUUAGUAUAUUGGGCAUUAUCAGCGAUGCGCCCUCAAGUCACUAGCAUUUGCGUACUCAACGCAAUGGAUGGACGGGUAUCAUAAAUAACCGUAAAUUCUUUUUGUUAAAUUUGACACUUUAAACGAAUGGGUGCAAAUAAUUGCUGAUAUUUAACGAAAUGUUUGUUCUAAUUUGAACUCUCGUUUUUUGAAAAUAUUUUCUAUUUUGUCGUUGCAUCGAAAAUUGUAACUUUUCCAUAUAAAUAUAUCUCUAGCAUACUUACAUACAAGAAGGUUGUUGAGUUUUUUCUAGUUUUGUCGUUGUUGUAGUUUGUUUAUUGUUAACUAUUGGAAUAUUCAUCGUGUAAAUUUUUUUAAAGGUAGAAAAUCGCAGAUAAAUUUUAUUUCGGAAUUUCACACACUCGCUGAGCUACUGUAUUUGGUCAAAUUAAAUCUCUCUGUAAUUUCACUCAUCUGAUUUACUUUUGAUUAAUGAUCUUAUACUAUUCCUUGUAAUAGAUUGGUAGGUGUUUUCGCAGGUAUUAUUAUAAAUAUUUAGGCAAGUUAAGUAUGUACAUAGUUAUAUUUUAAUUCGGUACCGGUCGAGCUUGUGCAAUCCAAUCCAUCGGUGUGAAAACCAUUGAAUACGGACAUAUCUUUGUAUCAUGUAUCAUGCCAUAUGUGCUAUUAGUUAACUAGCUAAUUAGUAAUAUUCUUAUCAUUUUAAACGUACCGAAAGUGUACAUGUACCAAAAAAGAAACAAUGUUGUUGUGACGUCGAAACGUGAUACGCUGUACCGUGCUCGUAUCUUGUAGCAAAAAAUGCCAAAACUAUGUACUAACCAUGAGAAAUGGGGGGGAAAUGUGAUGUUUGGAGGAUCCCAUGUAAAAAAAGAAUAUUAUAAAUGAAAAAAGAAUGAAUAAACGGAGAGAUGAUGAGAA